ACGUGCGAAGUUACCUUCGUCCAAGAAUCCGCGAAGGUUGCGCAUGAAUGUUGUAAAUCAUUUUUUUUUCCGGUCGAUUCGCUCCGGAGUGAAAUCUGAAUGAAAUUGGCCACCGUUCUGUGGUUAUCACCAUAGAAAAAACUAAUUAAUUAUUCGGUACCAAUUUUCUGUGUUUCGGAAGAUGUUCAGACGAAAUGGUAAACAAAAACAACCUUAGAACUAGAUUAAUUUGUGAAUUAAACAAACCGCUGAAUAAAUAAUCGAUUAGGUUGGUUGUGUAUUGAAAUGAUGGAGUGUUGCGUGCGCAAUUUGAUAAAUUAAUCGAAAGUGGUUAGUGCCUUCCGUUCAAGGAACAACUAGCACAGUCUACUUUUGACUAAAAUGUAUACUACUCAAACGACUCAGAGUGAAGAGGAUGUACCUAAUUCAAAAACUCGGCAAAUAAAUUUCUAAAAUUGGAUAUAUCCUAUUAAAAGCUGAAAUCCAAAAAUCAUGGAUUCAAAGACAGUUCCAAUUCUUCUAGUCACUGCCAAUGUUGGCUCUAUUUUUGAAGCUCCUAAUGAUAUGUUGAAAAUUUGGUGUGAAGAAUUUCUUCACACUAUAGAGAAGUUAGAUUGUAAGUUUAUUGGUUUACAUUGCCAAGAAGUUGGAGGAAAGAAUUACGAGAACAGUAUGAAGCAUGUUGAGCAUUUUGUCAAAAUUCUUAUGUCUAGUAAUGAACUAAGGCUUUUCGAUAAAGUACGAGUCUUUUUGGAUGAAGAUUACAGCUCCGUGGAGCAUUUUACUGCAUUAGGAAAUCUCUAUUUUAUUCAUAAUACUAUUGAAGAUAUUUCAAUUUGGGACUUUAAAAAUAAUUCAUUCUUGCCAGUUAGAGGUGAAGAAAUACAUUCUGGAAAUAUUGAAUCUGUACCUACCAAAGAAAAAGCCAAAUUCCCCCAAGAUUUUUUUCCAGAGUGUAAAUGGUCGAGAAAAGGCUACUUACGAACUAGAUGGUCUUUAAAUGGGACAGUGUUUGAUUUAGUCAACAUUCAUCUGUUUCACGAUGCUUCAAAUUUUGUAGCAAUGGAGACCUCACCUUCCAUAUACUCCAAAAACCGUAAAAGAGCGCUGGAACAUACUUUGAAAAGAUUUAACGAUGGUAAAAUACCGUAUUUUUUAUUUGGCGACUUCAAUUUUCGAACAGAUACUAAUUCAGUUGUUAAGAAAAUAACCGAAGGCCUUCAGACUAACAGGGUACAGAACAAUAAAAGUAAUGACCACACCAAAAUCCAAUAUAUAAAUGACGAAGACAAGCUUGUUUUGAUCAUUGGUAAAAAGGAGUUUAGUCAUUCUGAUCUCAGUAGUUGCAAGCCUAGUUGUGUAGAUUUAAAUCCUAAGUGGUUGAAACCUUAUGAUGUGGAAGUAGAACAGUUUAAAGAUUAUAUAACAGAGUAUGCUAUAGAUUUCCCCCCUUCAUAUCCAUUUGAGGAAGAUAUAGAAAAGCCGUCUACAUAUAUGCCAACCCGAUGUCCCUCAUGGUGUGAUAGGGUGUUACUUAGUCAUACAGCCAAAGAACUGAUUAGUGAAGAUCACUCUGUGGGGUAUAAACUGAUGGGGAUGGAUACCUGCAUGGGGGACCAUAAGCCAGUGUAUCUAAGUGCCAUAUUGAAGGGUAAUGCAGGUACAGUUCCGUGUUGUGACCAUGUGCGUUAUCAAUGUUUGCCUGGCCCUUGUCAAUGUUGUCGUUCAAUAGCUUCUGUACAAAUUAACAUAACUGAUAUGAGCGAUCAUAAAUCGUACGGGAGCUAUCAGUAUUUCGCAGAAGUAGAUUCGAAGCUUUUGCAUGAACCCAUUACCAAAGACAUGUUAAUGCAUGAACCUUACACACCGGAGAGUACAGAAUCUCACUCCCCCAUGCCCGAUAAAGUAGAAAACGUAAAAGUAAAUCCUGUACCGCCCAAUUUACUCAAAAGUAAACUGGAAUAUAUACUGGAGUCGGAAACGAAAACUGAACCCAAAGUAUUAGGGCGUUCAAAAUCCGACAUUGAUCAAAAGGAUAUUCAAAUAGGUGAUUUUCUCAGCGAUAGAAGUAAAUCAAUACCAAUGUCUCUUGUACCACAAGCAAAUCCCAUGUUACAAAGAUGCCAACCAGAAGAUAAGUUGAAUUGUUCCACUCAGGAACAAUCGAUGGACAAAGUGUCCGCAAGGGAAGGAGAAAUUGAUGAUAAUCAGAACAGAAAAAAAGAUCGAUUGCACGUUUCAAACUGGAAUAUAAGAAAAAAAUGUUGUUCCAUAUCUUAGUAUCACGCUUGAAUAAUGCAAAAAUUGAAGUUUGUGCUCUACCUGAAGAAAUGAACCUAUAUAAUGUGAGAAACAUGACAAUAUUUUCCCACUGAUAGGUACAUGAGGAAAUAGUUCAAGAAAGGUGUCGCAAGAAAUCUUCACAAAAAAGAAUAGAUAAACUGAGAAAAUAAUUUCACAACCAAUGAUUUUAUAUGCCGAUAAUAAAGUAAAAAAAACAAAUGCAAGUCUGUGAAAGUAACAAAAGAAUAAUUGUUCGCAUAGAUGACAAUAAUUGAGAGUUUCACAUACAAAUAAAAAUGCAUAUUAUUGAAUAUUUAUUACUCGUUAAGAAUAAGGUUUUUGUUAAGUCAAUAAAUUAUUCUAACUCCAAACACUGCUUCCAUCGAGGAACUUAAUUUUUCGCUUUAUAUCGUAUAAAUCCCGUUUCUGCUUGAAGUUUUAUGUAAACUCCCCCAGCACCUUAAACGAAGUUAUACUAAAAAACAUUAUUUUUGCGGACAAUAUUCGAUUAAUGGUUGUUUAAGUGGAUGGUAUAUAGGGUGUUUCAUGCAUGUCACUUUUCCUGAGAAUUUGAUGAUUGACAGCUGAAAUAUUUCAGGCUUGGAGGUACAUACCGGAACUUUGUUAUUUCAAAUGGAACACUCUAUAUUUUCUUAAAUUUUUAGAUUUUUCAUAAAUUUUUAACUACACUUUAUUUGAACUUCUACCUAAACCAAUGAAGAAGCUUUGGUUUAGUGGCAAUUGAGUUUAAAUAAACAGUAGUUAAAAUUUCAUGAACUCAUGAAAUGUAAUAAGAUAUAGGGUGUCCCACAUCAAAGAAAGUUUGGCUCAACUUCCUGUAUAACGGAAAAACCUUCAGGUCAAAUUUAUUCAAGCUUAAUAGUAGCUGUUCAUUCAUUACGUUUAACGAAUUUUCAGGAAAAAAUCUCAUUCAGUCUCUAGAUAUGU